CGCUGACUUUAUAUUGCAUGUUUUAUAUUUUACAUUCCCACUAUCUCAUAAGUCUCUUCUUUCCUCUCUGGCGGUUUCUCUCAUAUACCAUUCGUCCCUCCUGUCUGGCGCUCUUCUCUUUCUUUCCUUUUUCUCUUCUUUUCUGGACGGAUCAUCCCUGCCAGACAGGUUCUCCCAACAACGCCCUCUUCAUUAAUUCUAUACUCCUAAUUGAUUGAUCUCUUUCACCCCGUCUUUUGUCUGAUUUGUUGCACGGGCGCCUGACCCUGCGUGCGUUUAUUGUCGCCGACCAUGUAUCCGAAUGACUGCCUGGACCUGGACUAUAUGAAACCACAACAACUACCACAUAGGUACGACUCGGAGGAGGAGGAUGUCUCCGAGUCAGAACACAGUGCCCACGAUCACGCCUAUUCGCCCGUCGAGUCUUACCAACCGCCCGAGCCCUUCGACUCUGACCUGAGCGCCGACGAGCUGUCCAAUGUCGAUGCGACGGAGCCGUCCACCUAUCCCGGUCUUCUCUCCCCAUUCCCCUCCGUGGGCAAGGCGUCUCGCCCCGUAUCCAUGGACACUCUCAAGCGUAGUAGCGGCGCCACCUUCGUGGCGGACUCGUAUAUUUUCGACCAUGAUGACGACGUGAUCAUCGAGCUUCCUUCUCCCAACUCCACCUCGCCCCUCCACUCGCCCAUGUUUCUCCAGCCGACCGUCUAUGUGCCUCCCGAGUCUCUUCCGUCGAGGAGUCCAUCGUCUGGUUCCUCCGCGUCGAGUUCCUCCGUCGACGACAUGGACGUGCUAGUGGCCGAGCAGGUGACCUAUGUCGAGCCGAUCACCAAACCGCAUCUGAUCCAGAUCAGCCCGGGGAAGUCCUCGAUGGACGAGGACGACGGCCCCGCGCACGCUCUGAACCCGCUCGGUAUGUCCAGAUCGGCCCUGAAGUCCGCACCCUUCCUGGACCACGAAUACUCGCCAAAAACCCGACCCCGCCCCGACAGCCUGCUGUUGAGCGCUCGCCGCAGCCGACAGCUCUCUGGGCGGAUUAUGACGCAGCUCGAGCGAACGCCCUCCCACGGGGCGGAUGCAGAGACCAAGUCGGGCGCCGCCACCAAAUCGGCGGCCGAUGUGCCUCCGAUCCCACGCCCGCUGUCGCUGCACUCGCGCUCCAUGACCUUCUCUCGCUCCAAAUCCGGCGCCCCGGAGAAGGGCCCGCUGUCGUUCGCAAAGAACCACCUCCGCCGCCCGCCCUCGCUCCAGAGCCUGCGGAGCCCGCACUUCUCUCUCUUCCCCUCCCGCCAAACCCCCGGGUCCCGGGAGGACCACCGAUCGGGGUCGUACUCCUCCACCAGCUCAGAGUACUCCCCCAACACUCUCUGCCCGCCCCCCUACUCCGCCUUCCCGAACCUCAGCCGCGACCGCUCCGACUCGAGCUUCAGCGGAUUCAACGGCCCCGCCACGCGCCGGCCGUCCAUGCCCAUGCUCGGCGCGCUGAAAAGCCCCGGCGGACUCAGCACCUGCUCGACCAGCAGUCUGCGCUCGGAGGUGGACAGCGUCUACGAGGCCGACCGACAGGAGGCAGACCCGCAGCCGCGCCACAAGCGAGUCAAGAGCCUGAAACGCAGCAAGCACCCCAAGGAAGAGACAGAUCCGUCUGCUAAGAAGUUCAUGGGCUUUAUGUUUAAGAGCAAACGCCGGUCAAAGAUGCUGAACGCUUGAUAAUGCCUACGCCUAUGCUGCCACGGCUAUUUUGUUUGGAAUGAUCAUAUACACGAUCUGUUGGCCAUUAUACUGUUAAUACUGUCUUUUCCUUUCGAUAGCCUGUCUCUUUCUCAUACUUUUGUUUUACAAACGGUGGCGUUCGGUAUCGGCGUGGUCGGCUAUUUGCUUACUUCGGUGCUUUCUUUCUUCCUUCCUUGCUUGCUUGCUUCUUUCAUCCUUCUUACUUACUAGCCAUCCACUACUCAAUUGCAUUGAGUCAGUCAGUACGUCCGUUCUUGUAUUAUAGUAUACCGCUUCAACUUCAAUUUAC